AUGUCAACAUUUCCAGUGCUUUACAAAAUGAAGUGGACACAAUUGCGAUCAUUUCUUUUCUGCUUCUGCCUCGUCGCUGCGCAAGUAGGGGUUGUCAAAGCCGACGCAGGUUUCCAUCGAGACCAAUGCUACGAGGAAGUGAGGAACAUCUUGCAAGGCAAUGGUACUUCGACAAUAACGCACCCAUCCAUGUUCUUUUCAACAUCUGACGCCACAAAUCCCAUCCUCACACUAAGUGGAUGCAAUCAGCUAUGCGGCUCGGGCACAGGAUGGUAUCCAGACAGAAUUCCGAGGCUGGUCGCAUGGUUGCUACCUAUCUUUCUCCUCCUCUCUAACAUGCAGUUUGCACCUAUUGGGCUUGAGAAAUUCCUGCUUAUUCUGCGCCUCCUCGGUGAUCCUAUUGAUUCGACGUGGUCAUUACUAGCCAAAGUUGAUCGUUGGGGUCAACACCAUUCUCAUGCUCAGAAGUUGUUGCAAGACAAAAUCGAAAUCAAGAGCCUUACAAUGGUGCUUGCGGCUACCGACGAAGAUCCACACGCCAUUGAUCACGCAUUUGCGUUCGAUAGUUCAGCUAACAAAGCCUUGAUUCUCGAGGCUGCCAUUACUCUACGCGAGAACAGGAAAAACGAGGUCCGCCGAACAUUCUUUGCGAUUGUCUUGUACGUAUUCUCAGUCCUCGCGGCCUUCGUUCCCGCCGUUGGAGCAGCGUCCAAUCCCUCCGGGGGUAGGAUAGGAACAGCAAUGCUCCUAUCAUGGCUCUUGACAGUGGUCUUGUUAAGCAACACAGUCGGAGACUUUGGUUCUCCGCGGAAUCGCCAAAAGAUCCUAGCAGACCUCAUGGAACGGCUGGGGCAAGAAAAGAAAGAAGAAACGCUCUACAAGGCCCCUGGGGCUUGGUCGGGUGCUAUUUACUGCUACAAUCCACGAAAACGCUUUCUACAUGGAUCAGGGUGGAAGCUAGCCCUCAUUUCUGUACCGCCUGUUGCUAUUGCGUCCGGCACAGCCUUUGUCACCCUGUUCACAGGACCUUCGCAUUUCAGCUGCCGAGACGUUUUUGUGGUCAUUGUGUUCAGCGCCUGGAUGAUCAGUGCGAUAUCGACAUCAUUCUUGUCCUGGGCUUCAUUCGCCACGGGCAAGUAUCUCUGCCCGUUAGCUGGCGACCAAGAUAUCCGAACCGUUGAUCCUCGGUUUGAAAACCCGGCCCCUCUUGACGAUCUCGAGAGUGAUUCUUUGUACAAAAUAGUACAUAUCACGAUGGGUGCGGCAGAAUGGUUCAAGAACCAAGUCGAGCCCACACCGGCUCACUUCAUCUACCUCGUUACCUCUGCUUUCCUCGCCACCUACGCCCUCUUCUCCUCCUUCAUCCGCAAUCGUCUCCACCUGUCCGAGCCUCCGCUGGCAUUGCUCUUUGGCAUUAUCUUCGGGCCAGGACUUAUUGGCCUGAUAGACCCAAACAAAUGGGGUGCUGAAGACAACAUCACACAAGAAACGGCCAGAAUCAUCGUGGGCUUGCAGGUCUUCGCCGUCGGGGUAGAAUUACCCAAAAAAUACUUCCACAGGCAUUGGAAGAGCGUGGCCAUGCUGCUCGGACCAGUCAUGCUCUACAGCUGGCUCAUAACGGCCGCCUUCAUUUACGCCAUCCUACGUACCGAAUGGACUACAGCACUCAUAAUCAGCGCCUGCCUAGCCCCCACCGACCCUAUCCUAGCAGCUGCCAUCCUCGCCGAAAGCACCUUCUCCGUCCGCGUCCCUGUCCGUCUGAAACACAUACUGUCCGCCGAAAGUGGCUGCAAUGACGGCACCAGCUUUCCAUUCCUCUAUCUAGGUCUCCUCUUCGCGAUCCACAACCAAACCGGUGUAGCUAUUCGCGACUUCUUCCUCGGCACCAUCCUCUGGCAGUGCGCUCUGGGCCUGGCGAUUGGGUUGACAAUAGGCACGUGCUUCAACAAAGCCCUCCGUCUCGUCGACCGCAUCAAUUAUAUCGACCGCGCUGCCUUCCUCACCUUCUACCUUCUACUCGCCACCCUCUCCGUCGGCAUCGCCAGCAUCCUCGGCGUCGACGACUUCCUCGUCGCGUUCGGGACCGGCUACGGCUUCGCCUGGGACGGUUGGUUCAGAAAGAAAAUGAAAGAGACGGAGUGGCCCGCAAUCCUAGACCUCCUGCUCAACUCCAGCAUGUUCAUCUACAUCGGCUCCUCUCUUCCAUUCUCACACUUCCUCUCUCAUCCUGACACCCCCAAUGUCACGCUUGGUCGAUUGAUAGGCUUACUCGUCCUCAUCCUCCUACUCCGCCGCAUUCCCAUAGUUCUCGCAUUGAAGCCCCUCAUCCCAGACAUCAAAACCUACCGCGAAGCACUCUUCUGCGGACACUUCGGCCCCAUGGGCGUCGGCGCAAUCUUCCUCGUCAUUGAGGCACGAGCGCAGCUGGAAACAGGGACGUCGCAUCCGUACCCGCAUCCGCCAGGUGGUUCGCCGAAUGAAGCUGCUGUGCAGGUGAUUUGGCCAGUGGUGUGUUUUGUGGUCAUGGGAUCGACAUUUGUGCACGGGUUGAGCGUUGCCGCUAUUGGGUUGGGGAGUCACUUCAGCAGGCGGAAGGGGGGAGAGGGCGCCAUUAUUGGCGCAGGAGAGGGAUCCUUUGGAUGGGAUGGUCUAUGGUGA